AAACGCUAGUUGUCUGUUCACAACUCAACGCUGUUGACUUCGUUAAGUUGUAUGAGAGCUGUCAAAAUCAUAUAACUGCCUUUUAUUAGUUUGUUUAUACGCUUGUCAACGUAAAAAUGGAACGGAUCAACAAAGUAUCAACCAAGCAACAACUAGACCGUCUUGUCGAUUUAGUGAGAAAAAAUCCCAACGUUGGUAGAAACAGACGCUUAUAUGGGUCUAGUCGUGAAGAAUUGAAGAAAACUUGGCAGCAGUUUGCCGUCGUGCUGAAUAGGCUGGGACCGCCGUCAAGAACAGGACCAGAAUGGCAAAGGGUGUGGAUACAUUAUAAAGCCAACCUAAAGCGCAAGUUGGCGCGUAAUAGAGAAAUCCAGGAGGCGAGCGAGCCCGGCAUUUUCCGCGAAAUCAGUUUCUCUGCAACCGAGGAGAAGGCGUAUGAAAUUACAAAAAAACUGGAUUUGUUCUCGCCCAGUACAACCGAAUUCGUUGAUGUGAUUGCGAAUGGUAACGAAACUCCGCCGCCAACUGCUGAGUCGCCGAUAAUUACUGAAAACGCCGAACCGCCGCCAAGCAAACGUUCGAAGACAGCCGAAGCGCAGAUGCAGUUACUCGAGGGGAUGGCUGGCAAGCAAAACGAAAUGCUGCGUACGCUCAGAAAAAUGCAAAGCACCCAACAUAAGUUGUACCAGUUAAAGUUGGAGAAAUUCAAGUUGCUGAAGAAGCGCGAAAAAGAAGCGAGUGCGCUGCGAAAUCUACGAAUAGAGCUUGCCAAAGAAAGAUUAAAGCAAAUUAAAAAGUAAAUGUAUAUAUAUGUGUGUGUGUUGAAAUUAUUUAAUGGAUUGCCUCUAAGGGAUUUGACGAAAAAUGCAAGCGCGUUUUAAAAACA